AUGAGGUUCCAGAAGGGCCUUGCUGGGGGCCUGGAGCUGGAGCGUUGGGAUGACAUGGCAGAACUUCUCCUCGGGGAGUCAAAGCUGGAGCAGUACCUGAAGGAACACCCCCUGAGGCAGGGGGCCAGUCCCCGAGGCCCCAGGCCCCAGCUGACCGAGGUCCGCAAGCAUCUGACUGCCGCCCUGGACCGAGGGAACCUUAAGUCAGAAUUCCUACAAGAAUCCAGUCUGAUCAUGGCCAAAUUGAAUUAUGUGGAAGGAGAUUAUAAAGAAGCUCUGAACAUUUAUGCCCGGGUGGGCCUCGAUGACUUGCCGCUGACGUCCUCCCCUCCGUACAGGCUGCGGGUGAUUGCAGAAGCCUACGCUACCAAAGGACUUUGUUUAGAGAAGUUGCCUAUUUCAUCUUCUACCAGUAAUCUCCAUGUGGACUGGGAACAGGAUGUCAUCACCUGUUAUGAGAAAGCAGGGGACAUCGCCCUCCUAUACCUCCAAGAGAUAGAAAGGGUAAUACUUACUAAUAUUCAAAACAGAAGCCCUAAACCUGGCCCUGCUCCCCACGAUCAAGAACUAGGUUUUUUCCUAGAAACAGGACUUCAGAGAGCCCAUGUCCUCUAUUUCAAAAAUGGGAACUUGACAAGAGGAGUUGGAAGAUUUAGAGAGCUUCUCAGAGCAGUUGAAACGAGAACAACUCAAAACCUGCGAAUGACAAUAGCCAGGCAGCUGGCAGAGAUCUUGUUGCGGGGUAUGUGUGAGCAGAGCUAUUGGAACCCUCUGGAGGAGCCACCAUGCCAGUCUCCUCUGGACGAUCCUCUCCGGAAAGGAGCAAACACAAAAACCUACACCCUCACUCGGAAAGCCCGCGUCUACUCAGGAGAGAACAUUUUUUGUCCUCAAGAAAAUACUGAAGAAGCCCUGUUGUUAUUGCUGAUUAGUGAAUCAAUGGCCAACCGCGAUGCCGUGCUGAGCAGGAUACCUGAGCACAAGAGCGACCGUCUUAUCAGCCUGCAGAGCGCGUCUGUGGUCUACGACUUACUGACCAUCGCUCUCGGGAGAAGAGGCCAGUACGAGAUGCUGUCGGAGUGCUUAGAAAGAGCCAUGAAGUUUGCCUUUGAGGAGUUCCACCUCUGGUACCAGUUUGCUCUGUCACUGAUGGCUGCUGGAAAAUCUGCCCGUGCCGUGAAGGUGCUGAAAGAGUGUAUCCGUCUGAAGCCCGACGACGCCACCAUUCCUCUCCUUGCUGCCAAGCUGUGCAUGGGCUCCCUUCACUGGUUGGAAGAGGCUGAAAAGUUUGCCAGAACUGUCGUCGAUGCAGGAGAGAAAACGUCAGAGUUCAAGGCCAAAGGCUACUUAGCUCUGGGGCUCACGUACAGUCUGCAGGCCACUGAUGCUUCUUUGCGAGGGAUGCAGGAGGUCCUACAGAGAAAGGCGCUUCUUGCAUUUCAGAGGGCGCACAGCCUGUCACCCACAGAUCACCAAGCAGCUUUCUACCUGGCUCUGCAGCUUGCCAUCUCCAGACAGAUACCAGAGGCUCUGGGGUACGUCCGCCAAGCUCUUCAGCUUCAAGGUGAUGAUGUCAACUCCCUGCAUCUCCUCGCGCUCCUGUUGUCAGCACAGAAGCAUUACCACGAUGCUCUGAACAUCAUGGACAUGGCCCUGAGUGAAUACCCAGAAAACUUUAUACUGCUGUUUUCCAAAGUGAAGUUGGAGUCACUCUGCCGGGGCCCAGACGAGGCGCUCCUCACUUGUAAGCACAUGCUGCAAAUAUGGAAAUCCUGCUACAACCUGACCAAUCCCAGUGAUUCUGGACGUGGGAGCAGCCUCUUAGAUAGAACCAUUGCUGACAGACGACAGCUUAAUACAAUUACUUUGCCAGACUUCAGCGAUCCUGAGACAGGCUCCAUCCACGCCACAUCAGUAGCGGCCUCCAGAGUGGAGCAGGCACUGUCGGAAGUGGCCUCGUCUCUGCAGAGCAGCGCCCCCAAGCAGGGCCCGCUACACCCCUGGAUGACCCUGGCACAGAUCUGGCUCCACGCAGCUGAAGUCUACAUUGGCAUUGGGAAGCCUGCAGAAGCCACAGCCUGUACCCAAGAAGCUGCCAACCUCUUCCCAAUGUCCCACAAUGUCCUCUACAUGCGUGGCCAGGUCGCUGAGCUCCGAGGAAACAUCGAUGAAGCUCGGCGGUGGUAUGAAGAAGCCUUAUCCAUCAGCCCCACCCACGUGAAGAGCAUGCAGCGACUGGCCCUGAUCCUUCACCAGCUGGGCCGCUACAGCCUGGCAGAGAAGAUCCUGCGGGACGCGGUGCAGGUGAACUCGACAGCCCACGAGGUCUGGAAUGGGCUGGGCGAGGUCCUCCAAGCUCAGGGCAACGACGCGGCAGCCACCGAGUGCUUCCUGACGGCCUUGGAGCUGGAGGCCAGCAGCCCUGCCGUGCCCUUCACCAUCAUCCCCCGCGUGCUCUGAGCCGGCGGCCGCCAGCCUCACCUGCUGCCAGACCACGGAGGCCCUGCCGGGUGCCAGGCCUCGCCCCGUCCCCCCAAGGGGCCGAAUCUGCCACACCGAGGCCACGGACGAGCGUUCAAUUGACCACAGUGAACUAACCAAACCAACCCGAAUCAUCGCUCUCUCCACGCGCAUUUCUGUUGUCGUUUUUGCCAGCCCAAUGAUAGUUUCCGAAUCUACUGACGUUGUUCAACAUGGCUUAUGUGCCAUAUUUUGUUAGUUGACAUCUGAGUUUUAAGUAAAAUGAUUAUGGAAUUAA